AUGCCAAAACCAAGGAAAUCCAUUGCGCCGAAGAAACCAAAACUGUCUCAGGUGACCCUCGACGAGAUAUUCAAAGGUGCGACGCGAACUAAGGAAUCCCGGUCCAAAUGCGAUGCCAACUCCUCGGAAUCGGAACCGGGCGAGAAAUCCGAUGAAGGUCUCGGCGACAUUCAUUUCGAGCGCAAGGCCAGUGCUGUGACCACAGACGACGAUGUCGAUGACCUUGAAGUCAUGUCCCCAAGACGUUCCUUCAAACGACGAAAGGUCGUUAACAGCGAUGGCGAUCAGGCCAUGCCUCCACUUAGCUCACCCACAAGCCAUAUUCAGAUUACUGACUCAGAAGAUGAGGUUAUUCCCAUACGUAAAUCGAAAAGGAGGAAGCAGAACGUCGUGGCUGAUUCCGACGACGACGCCGACGACGCCCGUCCCAGCAAGCGCAAGUUACGCAAGAAAUCUCUAAGCCCUGCUACUAGUGACGAAGAUCUGGCUGGUGAAGUAGAGGAAGAACGAAUCCUUGACUCGCGCCUACGGCAGAGGGGGAGGACAUCAUUAUUCCAGAAGAACCUUGAAAAAUUGAAGCGACGAAAGCAAGGGCGCAUGGUCUCGGAUUCGUCAGAGCAGGAUUCGUCAGAGGAGGAUGCGACAACACGCGGGGUCGUCCCCUUCGACGGUGCUAAGCCCGACUGCGACGAUGAAUCAGAGGGAGGUGAAGAUGAAGAGCAGGAAGAUGAUAAUUUCAUCGUAGACGAUGAUGGCGCAGGCUUCACUGAGCUGCCUGUCGAAUUCAGCAUGUCUACACAUGAAGAUCUGGCUCAUCAGUUCAAGAUAAUAUUUCAGUUUUUUGUGCAUAUUGCUAUCCAGCCACCUCAAGAUCGACAUGAAUUCAUGUCACGGCAGAUGAAAACACAGCAAUAUUUCUCGGUACCCCUGCAAAUUGUCCGAAGGAAGCUUUCGGGCCUCAGAGACUCUCUUGUCGCCUCUUCUGUUUGGCGCGCCGACUUCAAAACAGCACUUUCUACUUUUCCAGAGUUUGGAUUGGAUGACCUGCAGUUCGCAUUACCUCAUGGACAUCCAUAUGAUCCUGUCGGGUUUGAGUCUACGACGGGUGAUUCUUCGGACGAAGAUGAAUCACCCAUCCAGUUCCAUCUGGGUCGCUUCUGUGCGAGGCGCACGAGAUACACCCUGUUUGGCGCGAUUCGUCGCGAGAUAGAUGAGCUGCAUGAACGGUCUCGUGUCGGAAGCUCCAAACGCAACUUUGUACGUAUUGCCUUCGCCGGUGCAACGCAACCGCCCGACGACUUGACGGAUGCCGAUGCAAUUUGCGAAUACCUCGACUCGCGCAAAGUUAUUGACAUGGAGUGGCAAUCGAUCAAGUUGAUGAUGGAUAGUGCACAAAACCUCGAAAUGGCCAGGAAAAAAGGUGACGAUAUAGAAGGGUAG